ACGAACAUCGAAUGAACUCGUCUUCCCUGGUUAACAGAUUGAGAGAAAAUCGUCGCAGCGAGGAGUGGCGAUGGCAGCGGAAGAGAAAGCCUUCGAAAAUACAAAGAGAAGAAAUUCGGGAAAAGGUGGAGAGGUAAAAGGUUGAAAGGGAAGCUGUUCUCGAGAGGAGGAAAGAACAUUGCGUUGAGGUGAUCCGCGGCAGAGGGGCUAGGCACAAGGGUCGCGUGUGCGUGCACGAUAUAGAAGAACGAGUGCAUGCGCAAUGGAGACCUGGUGAACGCUCGAGAUCCGAGUGGCGCGAGUUAGAAGUGGCUUCGCGCUUUUAGUCUCGCCCCGUCCCUUCAUUCUCGCUGUCUCGUUGCGUGGGUGAGAUACGCUCCCGAAGUCGCGGCGCAGGGGCUGCUUUCUCCGUUUUCGCCCCUCUCGAGGAAACUGUAAGCUCGUGGCUUGCGUGCUUUCGACAUUGGCUGACGAUUCGACCCUCUGUCACAGCCCGACUCCUUAUCCGACGUGUAGCCGCGAAACGAUGGAGCCGGUCGCCCCGUCGCAUCCUUCGAGCACGUGAAACACCUGCCUCCAUCCCGCCAGCGUCGUUCUAGGGCUCACUCGGACUCUCGACUUUCCGUCGCAUGAAAGUUGCGGUAGGAAGCAUUGCUUUACACUCGUGCCGAAGUCGACAAGGUAUCAGGGUUGGGCAGUGAUUAUUUUAUGAUUUCGCGGUUGCAGCUCGUGUCAAGAUCGUGAUCGGUAAUCAGUGAUCGUAAACUGCGGUCGUAAAUCAAUUACUUGCUCUUAAGAAACGUGAUCACUGGUUUCAGAAGUGUAUUUCAAAGCUGAUUCGAUGUUUAUUUGAAUAAGUAUAGAUUGUCUGUUUAUUCGUUAUAUAUUCUGCCCAUCGCAGCUACCGCGUCCCCGCACCUUUUCGAUAAAAGGGCGAUCCUCGAACUUUCAUACAAGGGAAAGUCGACGAUCCGAGUGAGCCCUUAUCCUCGUCGAGCGAGAGAUUGGCAAAAGUUCUCAUCUCGAUCGAAACUACAAUCCGACAUACGAGAUAUAAAGACAAAGCUAAAAAGAACUGUAAACAUAAAUUUCCCAUGGAAUAAGCGCAACAAAUACGAAUGGAGUUGCCAUUCGUCGCCAAUCGUUUGAACCGAAUUUUGCCCAUUUCGAGCUCGAGCGUCGAUCCGACGACAGGCGGGAGUUAAAAAAAGAAUCGAAACGCACCGAGGAAUUCCCUGAUCGACCAUGUCCGAGAAGAACGUUCUCCGACUCGAGACCCCAACGAAUAUUCUCGAGGAGAAGACGGAGAGAAAACGUAACACCGCGCAAAGAAGAUGGCGCAUCCUCGCGAAAGCGUUGACCGGUUCGCAGGAACCGAUUUCCACAGACGCGGACGACGAGGUUUCCGUUCGUCGUUUCACCAGUUUCGAUCUGUUGGAGAUCGAUCGGUUGGAGGAUCCGCGCGACGAUCCAGACUCUGGCUGGUACGAGUACUCCGCCAUUUUGGAGAACAAGCCGUUCAGCGUGCAGAUACGUCGGCUGCACAAGAGCUUCACGGCUAACGAGCUGAUAGGCUUCAACAACACCGGAAACGUUUGCGUCUGGCCGUCGGAGGAGUGCUUGGCAUAUUAUUUGUUGAGGAACCGCGAGAUCUGCCGGAACAGAAGAGUCCUCGAACUCGGCGGCGGGAUGAGCUGCUUGGCUGGUGUUCUGGCAGCGAAGUACUGUGAUCCCAGCGACGUCACGGUGACGGACGGCAACGUGACCAGCGUGGACAACGUUCGUUGCAUCGUCGCCAGGAACGGGAUGGCAGAUUUCGUCGAUUGCCGUGUCGUUCAGUGGGCCAAAGCCGCCAGAGCGAUCAGAACAGCCACGCAAGCCAGAGCGUUCGCUCAUUCGCACUCCAACGGCCUUCGAGUCAAGAGCUGGAGCGACAACGAUACAGCCAGUGUUCUGGAAAAUCUCUACGACGUGAUCCUGUGCGCCGACUGUCUGUUCUUCGACGAGGCCCGUUCGGAUCUGGUGGAGACGAUCUACGGAUGGCUGGCCAACGACGGCCUAGCGCUGGUGAUGGCGCCUAGACGCGGAUCAACGUUCAAAAAAUUCGCGGAAGCGGCGGCGAAGCGAGGUUUCAUCGCGCGGCAGAUAGAACGUUACGAUGGGACGAUUUGGUCGAGGCAUCUGGAGUUGCUGGAACAGAGCCAGGAGUAUUGUCCCGAUCUCCAUUAUCCGAUACUUCUGGAGCUGACCAAGCAGAAGAGGACGCCACCCGGAUGAUGCGCAUCGAUCGUCGAGGACGACGGUGACGAAGAUGACAACGACGACUUCGGACGGAAGUCCUGGCGAUUUUUCGCCGCUGUGUUCCUUCGUAUCGGCUUACAAACUCAUCUUACACGUUCGUUUCCGAAAUCUACGCCUCUUUUCCCCACCGUUCGUGGACAAACAAUAGAUCUUACUCGUUUCGUUUCAUUCCACUUCGUUCAACAUUGUGAUAUAGGAAUGACGCAUCUGUACGCGCGUAAUGUCGACGACCAUCGAAUCGUUGGGAAAUUAUCGAACGUAGCUAUUUUGUACCUCUAUAAUUAAUUAACGCUUAAGGAUCUUUCAUGGUUGAUUCCCACUAGCGCCCGAGCACGAUCACCCUUAAACAUUUCUGUUAUUUUAGAAUUCGAGCUGUAGCUCUCGAGGAGACGCUACACUCAAUCUUUUCGUUUCCAUCGAUCGUGAGCUUGGUUUCCGUCGCAGUGUUAGGCCGAUCGCACACGGGCGCAACCGAUCAGUUUCAAACCACUCUGAAACUAGUUGCAUGCGACUAUGGUAAAACAUAGGACCUAGGUAAAACAAAGAUAGCGGAGUAGGUGAAACAAAGAGCGCAAACGAUUUGCAACGCUAAUUUCAAAUCGGUUGCGCCCGUGUGUGAUCGGCUUUAGUCUGACCGAAAUCUAUCCGGGAGUCGACCACUGUGCAGUGAUCGUGGUCUGUCGCGGCAGAAAAAGUACUUUGAUACCGUCACGAACAGCCCGGACUGCGGUACAUAGUCAACCCCGCGAUAAACGUGCUGCUCUGCGUACAGCUCGCAUACUAGAAUAAAUAUUGGCUAGAGACACGGGUUUGUUUCCUAUCUGUUGCCAAAUAUGUAACUUGAUUUAUCGUCCCUAUCGGCGCGAGUGUGGCGUAAUCGCCACGUGCGUUGGCGCUAGUGGAAAUCAGGCUUUACUCGUCGCGAGACGCGCGGACGGGUCGAAUCGCGAAGCGAUAGUAUUCCAAGUACCUGAUUUUAGACUGAUAGCAUCGGGAAAUUGAAAUCGUAAUCCUCGCAGCUGUAACGUUAAUAAACGCGGCACUGGAACGUACGUAAAUCUCGCGUUAGGGGUAUUGACACGAACUCCUAUGUCUUCGUAGACGAUUACAUAGCUAAUCAGCCUCCGCUUGACGAUACCUCGAGAGUUCGCGCGAAAUCUAUACGUAGCUUUCGGUCGCUAAAACCGAUGUAAUGCCGAUGUAACGCGAUCGUUACGUUUAUCGAAUGUUCCUUUGUUUGUUCGCAGUAGGGAUCGUGCAUACGGCAUAUAGGUUUCGAGGUGUCUCGUGUCAGAAUUUUAAGAAACAGAAAAUUCUUUACUUCGAAGUAAUGCUUCGGACCUGUAACCUUCGCGAUAGAUUUUCAAGCUUUAUACGAGGGCGAAGGUUCGAAGGG